UGCAAAGACUUUCCACGACUCCACACCCACCUCGAAAGCCCCUUCUCACUACAGGAAGUGUGCUGACCAUCGGAGGAAUAAAAGAGGCUUAGGAGGAGUCAGAUCGUCAGCUUCUCCCAGCACAGGUUAGCGGGACCUCAGCCAUGAGACUUCUCAUCUUGACCUUCCUUGGGAUCUGCUGCCUGACUGCAUACGUGGUGGAAGGUGUGGGGAGUGAAGUCCCAGAAAAGACCAUCUGUAUGAUUCUGACUACACGGCCACUGCCCAUUCAGAGAAUCAAGACCUACACCAUCAAGGAGGGGGCCAUGAAAGCAGUCAUUUUUGUUACCAAACGUGGCCUUAAAAUCUGUGCUGAUCCACAGGCCACAUGGGUGAAAGCAGCAGUCAAAAGCAUGGACAGCAAGUCUAUAUCCAGAAGGAAUAUGAUCGGGACCAAGCCAACAGGAGCCCAACAAUCCACCGACACUGCUGUAACCCUGACUGGGUAGAAGCGGUCCUGCGCCUUUUCCCUUCUGCUAGCCAACCAGCUCAUUCCCCUUUACAAGCUCACGGACUAACUAGAUGACAGUCACCUUGUAAGAUAGUAUUUUUUUUUUUUUUUGUAUUUUCAUUUUUUUGUGUCUUUCACAUUCAUUCAUUCAGAUGCUCUAAUUAAUAAAUAUUUAUUAUUAAGAAUA